UAAAAGCCGGGCAGGUCGACCUGGGUCCCUCUUGAUUCCUCAUCCUCUCAUCCUUCCUUCAUCGCCAGCCCCACCCACCGAACAAACACAAUGGCUCCCUUGACCAGCCUCCUCCUCAGCGCCUUGGCUGCUGCCCCGGCCGUGUACGCCGCCGCCACCCCCAGCCCUCCCCUCAUCGGCCGAGGCGGAGCCCCCAUUGUCGGUGGAACCCAGGUCACUCCCUACACCAUUCCGUUCAUCGCCUACGUGACCAACCCGCUCUGGGGCUCUCCCGGACAGUACUGCGGAGGCAGCAUCAUCGCCCCCAACGUCUUCCUCACCGCCGCCCACUGUGGCUCCUACACCAACUCGAAGGUCCAUGUCCACCGUCACGACAAGACCAAGUCGGACUCCAGCGAGAAGGGUCUGGUUUACUCGAUCAAGAAGAUCGUCAUCCACCCGCAGUACGAUGACAACCUCAACCACAACGACAUCGCGUUGUACUUCCUGAAGCUCGACAAGGCUUACGGCCCCACCGACUUUACCGUCGGCAUCUACGACGCUCCCGUCGUUCCCCAGAGCGGAACCGUUCAGAUUGCCGGCUGGGGUGACACCUCUGAGGGCGGCUCCGACUCCCGCGUGCUUUUGAAGGCCAGCGUCCCCAUCGUCUCGAACGCUGCCUGCAAGUCCUACUACGAUGGUCACGGAAGCGCCGGCCACAUCGUCGACUCGAACAUCUGUGCCGGUGCCAAGAAUGGUGGUGUCGACACUUGCCAGGGUGACUCCGGAGGUCCUUUGUACACGACAUCCGGUGGCAAGUUCUAUGUCCACGGUAUCACCUCGUGGGGUGACGGUUGCGCCGAGCCCGGUGUCCCUGGUGUUUACACUCGUGUGUCCAGCUUCGUCCCCUGGAUCAAGAGCACCAUCGCCGCCAACAGCGCCUAAGCGUUUGCCUCAAGCAAUGCUGUUGAGGAGAGGGUGGCGGAGGAUUGGGUUGAGUAGAUAGCUACGAACGCAAUGUCGUCGGUGCAUCGACAUAGAUACCCAUUGUUUACUUUUCAGGCCGGACCUGUACAUGUAAUAGUUGCAAAUUGCAUAAUAACAUGAUUGUACGUCCCCGUAUUUCAAAAAAAAAGUUGAAAUAUCAGCAUGUUGUCCGUAUAGAGCGUGAGUACCGCAGAACCCUCGGGUCUCGACGGCG